UUCUAAAAUUUGUUAGUAAUGAGCUUGGAUGCAUUGGGAAGCCCCGUGAUGGACCCUACGUUUUCCAAACGGAACACGGCGCUGAGAUUAGUUGACUUGGCAGGGGCUCACCAUCCACACUCAAUGGCUCACUCGCACCCUGGGGAGAUUACUGCGGAACCCCGCCUGGGGCCGAGUCCAUUCGGGCCAGAACACAUGGGGCAUUCCGCGGCCCUCAAAAUCAGCCCAGCCCAUCAUUAUCCCCACCACCAUCACCACCACCACAAUCAUCAUAUGGCAGGCCACAGUGAAGUGGUCUCCAGUCAAACGGGAGCUUUUAGCCCGGUUCAGGCGACAUCGGUCCCUUAUUCUAUGUCUCACACGGCCCAGGCUUUAUCCGCAGGUAGGGAUUUCCUCAUCCGGAGAGAUCUGACAGCUCAAGCCAUGCCAGUACUGACUGACCAGACUGCUGGUUCAGCCUCUCACCACGGAAUGUUUGUCUCAACAACAGGUAGCUAUCCCGGACACUAUGGCCAUCACCCUGACGCUGGGAACCAUACCCUCUUCUCCGGACUCCAUCACGACCAGCCGUCUAGCGGAUCACCGGGUGGCCAAGCGUUAAAUGGACAAAUAAGGUUAGGACUGCCUGGAGAAAUGUAUGUUAGGUCUGAUCACUUGAGUCAAGUGGCAAGCUCCAGGGCUGAUCCGUUCUCCGCCUCGCCUUUGCAUGGCUACGGUGGUUUGAAUCUGAACAUGAAUCUUAGCGCUCACCACCACCACCACGGAGCCGGUGCUUUUUUCCGCUACAUGAGGCAGCCGAUAAAGCAAGAGCUGAUUUGCAAGUGGCUGGAGCCGGAGCACUCUCCGAAGAAACUUUGCUCUAAAACAUACAGCACCAUGCACGAGCUCGUAACACAUGUGACGGUGGAGCAUGUUGGAGGACCAGAGCAGGCGAACCACAUAUGUUUUUGGGAAGAGUGUCCGAGGGAAGGCAAACCAUUUAAAGCCAAGUAUAAACUUGUAAAUCACAUUCGAGUGCACACCGGGGAGAAACCGUUUCCAUGCCCGUUCCCUGGCUGUGGCAAAGUGUUUGCGAGGUCCGAGAAUCUUAAGAUUCACAAAAGGACGCACACAGGUGAGAAGCCUUUCAAAUGUGAGUUUGACGGCUGCGACAGACGCUUCGCCAACAGCAGUGACCGGAAAAAGCACUCCCAUGUCCACACCAGCGAUAAGCCCUACAACUGCAAAGUGAGAGGCUGCGAUAAGUCCUACACACACCCCAGCUCCCUGAGGAAACACAUGAAAGUGCACUGCAAGUCCCCCCCGCCCAGUUCAGGCUACGAGUCGUCCACACCAUCUCUGGUCUCCCCCUCCUCAGACUUGGGUCGGGAGCCAGGGGGAUCCUCGGUGCUGUCGGAGCCGGUGGGGGCUUCCCAGUCAGCGAAUUUAAGUGAAUGGUACGUGUGCCACAGUUCAGGUGCGAGCGGUGCCCAAACACCACCCAGCGGGCCUUCCACGCCCGACCCCGUAGACGAGCCUCCUUACAGAAACCCAGAAAGAAGGGACGCGUUUUAACCCGUUUGGACUCAAACGCAGUGCCAGAAGAGACAGAACAUAUUUUCAGAAGCUUAACUAUUAAAAUGGUUUGGCUUUGGUGCCUAUAUGCCUGUGAAAGGCCCACUGCCCCCCCCCUUUUCUUUUUGGGGAUGGGUCUCCAAACAGACACCAGAGCCAAGAGACGCGUUUGAACCACACUGGAAAGAAAACUUGUAAACCUUAAAGACUUGCGAAUUUCCAGACACAAUAAAAGAAUAUAUUUUCAAACCUCAGAAUUGGCUCAGUGCCUACACGCCCUCACGGCCCAUUGGUCCACUUGUGGAGAGUCCUGUAAAUCCGUUUGCCUGUGUGGUACAUCAUUGUAGGUUAGGCAUGUUGAUGUAAAAUGAUUUUGUAAAUUCAAGUUUUGAUUUCAAUAUGUUUUUAUUUAUUUUUCAAUAAGAUAUUGAAGGAUUUUCUAUGACCGAACCAAAGUGCAUGUUUCAAUUAGGGGAAAAAUGUACAUUUGUAAAUUUUGUAACUUCGGUUGUGCUCAUGUUGUUAGUUUUUGGAAGGAUCUGUCUCAGCGCAGCUUCUUACUGAUUUCUGCCGUGAUUUCUACAAACAUUUUAUGUUUACACUAUUUUUUUCCCAUUUGUGCAUAAGGUCAAUAAUUGAACUGUUUCAUACGCCUGCAGUAUUUGCUAUACAAGCGUGAAUUUAUAAAUGUUUUAUCAAAGUGAACAUUUUGUGAUUUUGUAUCAUUGUCGUCAAUACUUUUGACAUCGACUGGCACGUAC